AUGCACCAAGUGUUCACUUCCAAAUACGGUGAAUUAAUGCAUCGUACGUUGAGUUGUUUUUGCGAACGGGGAUUAUGCAAGUGUUUAGAACCUAAAAUUUACCAUCCUGUUCCUCUGGUAUCAACAACAACUGCUGAUGCAUCAGUCGACAAUGAUACUGCGAUGGUGAUUCCUUCAUCUCCUACGGAUUCAGCAGAUGCUAGUGGUGCAUGUGGUGAUAAUAAUAUCGUUAACACUCUUUCGUCUUCUAUGUCUUCUGACGAUGAUGUACCUCUUAACAGAAUCAAAUCGAGGUAUUCCGGAGCUACAGUAACUACUGCUAGCAAAGCACUAGCAGAAAUAAACUACACAGACUUAGCCAAGGACGCGGGUAAACGAGGAGCUGUUUACGAUAUGGUUUACGGUUCCAUAGACGCAUCUAAUGAAGAAAAUCAGCCUACGACUUCUGGAAAUAAUAAAAUGCUGCCAAGUAACGGAGAUUUCCUUUUAGUAAGCGUCCACGCUGGUAAGAAUAAAACUUAUACUUACGCAAGCCUUGCACUCAAAGUGAUCUCGAAAACGAUGGCGAGAUUAAAGUGA